AUCUGUCUCGGAUUGAAUUAAAUAGCAGUGUUUGGGCAGCUUUUAUUAGUCCGGGGAUACAACACAACACACCUUCCCUGUUACGUAUGAGGAAAGACUCGCAACGCCUCAACAUUACGUUACAUUCCAACACGGUGACCGCAAACAGGUACCCGUGUAAAUCAUCCUCUACCUGUUCAUUUAGACUCACGAACUGUCAUACAUUUACGUCCUGGAUCCAUCUCAUCGCCCGAAGACUUAAAUGAGAGGAUGGAGGAGGCGAGACUGAACUACUGUGGGAGGAUGAAGCGUGACGAGAGGCAGGACUCACCCUUUGGAGGCUCACUCUUACCGGAGAGAGGCGAGGGAGGGAGAGGCGCGAGAGGGAGAGGCAGGUGUACAGUUUUGUCUCCCAGCACUCAUCACCCCACCUGUCGCCUGCUGUCUCACCGAGCGUAUCUUGUGCCGGGGCGAGCAAUAGCCGUGCGGGGGUGUGAGACGUGUGUGUGGAGCGCUCGUAGCUGAAAGAGUGAGAGAGAGACCAGGUCCUUCUUCUCCUUGCCUGGGCUGCCGCCGACUGGUGGCGGUGCAGCUUCCUUCCCCGCCGCCCGGUAAGUGGGCCAGACUCAACCCCGCUGUGAGUCUCCCACAGGCAAGGGUCUUCAGCUCCUCGGCCCCUCCCCGCCCCUCCUCGACGCUCCGGCCUUUCCUUGCCCCGCGCUUUGACGUCACGGAGGGGGCGGGGUCAACCUGGGCACCACACUCAUGAGGCGGACCGUUUUGACGAAAAAUAUGCCCAUUGGUGACUUUUUGGUGGCUUGUUUUAUUGAUUUUAGUUAUUUCUUUCUCGGAGAGUGCGGGGCGGGAGCUGGGAAGGAGGAUGGGGCGGGGCGAUGCCGAGGUCGUGGAACUGUCAUCUUUAGCCCCGGGCGGCGACCACCAGCCAAUGAGCGUGCGGCGCGGACGACGUGCCGGCCCGGGGCGCCCCACCAACCCGGAUGCCAGCCCUCAGCUUCCCCUGGGGCACGCUGGCACCCGGGGCACUCACCCCCGAGAAAAAUGUCCGGUGUGGAGGGAAACAAAGACAAGAAUCGCCUUUGGAAUCGAGGGGCGGAGAGGUCUUAACAGGGAGGUUCAGGCCGGAGUCAAGUGACCGGCUGGCGGGAGCCGCGCGCCGGGGCCAAGAAUCUGCCCAACCCCACCUGAGGCCCGCCUUUGCAGGCCGCUGGUGGAGUAGAGGAAGCAGGAGGAGAAGAAGGAAGAGAAGAUGGGAAGGGGGGCAGGGGGAGCGGGAGGCAGCAAAGGGGGGUUGCCAGACGUCUUCGGCAAGGCAAGGCAAGGAGUGAGCGGGAAGGAGGAGGAGGCGGCAUGAAGACGGUACAGUCACAGCGGCGUCCUGCCUCAUCGCCAUUCCCACUCCAACCACCACACGGAGAGGACCACCGACAUCCUCCGCCCCACACACUGGCAAGGAGGACGCUACGAACAUUCUCUCCGGGACUCCAGAAAACAAGGAGCGGGAUGGGGGACCAGUGCGUCUUCCUGGCGGGGCUAUUGCUGCUGCUCGUGUGUCUAACGCCCUCCACACACGCAGCUCCCUACCUCCCUUCCAGCCAACACAUACAGACAGACUUCUCCAACGUCUUCCACUCGUCGAAAGGAGGCUUGAUCGGACCACUGUUUAAACACGAUGGUGGGCAUGAACUGGACUCCCCCGUCCCUAAUGGAGGAUGUUACUACCAGUUUCGCCACUACGAGGAAGGGGACAGAAUUAUCACGAACGAGCCUUGCCUCAACUGUACCUGUCAUAACUCCAUGCUCAUGUGCUACCUCAAGGUGUGUCCCUUCAGCAAACCCAUCGGCCAGGACUGCACCGUGGAGAAGAGUCCCAGCCAGUGCUGCCCAGUCAUCACCUGCCCCCAAGUGCCUGUCAACCUCCAAGUAAUGCACAUGACCUCCUCCACCACCCCGACCCCCGCCGCCAGCACCGCCAUCAUGCCCUUCACGGAGCGUGGCUGCACCAUCGACGGCUUCUACUACCCCGAUGGAGCACAGGUGCCGGGUGAGCCAAGCAAGCCCUGCGAGCUGUGUUACUGCAUCAGGAACCACACGGCGUGCGUGAUGCAGGAGUGCAUCUUGAUGGUGCCCGGAUGCAAGCCGGAAUUCGAGGAGGGUGUCUGCUGUCCCGUUAGAUAUGAGUGUGCUUACGAAGAAGAGGAAGGCGCCCUCAUCACCACCACGCCUCUGCCAGGCAGUAAUGACAGUGUUGUCCUCCCAACCACCACCCUGCCGCCGGGGCAUUCGGGAUGUGUUCACAAGGGAGAGUUCUAUGCAGAUGGAGCCUCAAUCCCCUCGGACGAUCCCUGUGAACACUGCUACUGCAUGAUGGGCGACUUGGUGUGUGCCAUCCAGGAGUGUCAGUCACCGCUGGACGAAAUGCAAGAGAAUUGUAUUCCUCGACCGCCCCAGCCCGGAAAGUGCUGCCCCGAGGCGUAUGACUGUCCCGAGGUAACCACCACAACAAUAGCUCCUGAGGACUACACUGAGUACCCUGCUACGAUCUCGCAGUCUCCAGUAGACGCUACUGAUGAUCAACUAGACACGACUGGAACCACUGCUGCCCAGGAGAAACCUAGUAAAACCACACCACUGGCCAUCACCGAAGCCAGUGAGUACACCACUGAUGCUCCAGCUGCAACCAGUGGUGUCACAUACAUUCCACCAGUGUCAAUCGAGACCACCGAUGCUACACUUGAGACUAGUGAUGCCACUGCUUCUAUAACAGAUGUUGAGGAGGCCACUGAUGCUCCAGUUGAUGCUACAGAGACCACCGAUAUUUUAACAGUGAGUGGUGAGGUCACAGAUGCUCCAACAGCCGAAGUUGAGACCCCUGAUGGUGCAGUAGAUGAAGUGGAAACCACCGUUCCUCCGACAGAAGAAAAGGAGACCACCGAUGCUCCUACAGAUGAAGUGGAGACCACUGAUGCUCCCACAGAUGAAGUGGAGACCACUGAUGGCCCUACAGAUGAAGUAGAGACCACUGAUGCUCCAAAAGAUGAAGCAGAGACACCUGAUACUCCAAUAGUGACUGGGGAGACCACUGAUGCUCCAGCAAUAAUAGGAGAGACCACUCCACAAACAAUUAUCGAAGCCAGUGAGUACACCACUGAUGCUCCAGCUGGAACCAGUGGCGUCACAUACACUCCCCCCUUAUCAACGGAGACUACUGAUGCUCCGACAGAUGAAAAAGAGAGCACUGAUGCACCCACAGAUGAAGAUGAGACCACUGAUGCUCCCACAGAUGAACUGGAGACCACCGAUGCUCCAAUAGCAACUGGAGAGACCACUCCACACACAGUUAUCGAGGCCAGUGAGUACACCACUGAUGUUCCAGCUGGAACCACCGAUGCUCCAACAGAUGAAGAGGAGACCACCGAUGCCCCGACAGAUGAGGAGACCACCGAUGCUCCAACAGAUGUAGUGGAAACCACCGAUGGUCCAACAGAUGAAGUGGAGUCCACUGGUGCUCCCACAGAUGAGGUGGAGGGCCCUGAUGUGCCGAUAGAUGAAAUAGAGACCACCGUUGCUCCUACAGAUGAAGUGGAGACUACUGAUGCCCCGACAGUAACUGGAGAGACCACUCCACACACAGUUAUCGAAGCCAGUGAGUACACCACUGAUGCUCCAGCCGGAACCAUUGGUGUCACAUACACUCCUCCAGCAUCAACUGAGACCACCGAUGCCCCAACAGAUGAGAAGGAGAUCACCGAGGCCCCAACGGAUGAAAUAGAGACAACCGAUACCCCAACGGAUGAAGUUGAGACCACUGAUUCUCCUACAGAUGAAUUUGAGACCACCGAUUCUCAUACAGAUGAAUUUGAGACCACCGAUGCUCCCACAGAUGAAUUUGAGACCACCGAUGCUCCCACAGAUGAAGCUGAGACCACAGAUGCUCCCACAGAUGAAGUUGAGAUCACCGAUGCUCCCAUAGAUAAAGUAGAAACCACCGAUCCUCUUACAGAUGAAGUUGAGACCACCGAUUCUCCCACAGAUGAAGAUGAGACCACCGAUGCUCCCACAGAUGAACUGGAGACCACCGAUGCUCCAACAGUAACUGGAGAGACCACUCCACACACAGUUAUCGAAGCCAGUGAAUACACCACUGAUGCUCCAGCUGGAACCAGUGGUGUCACUUACACUCCCCCCGUAACAACUGAGGCCACUGAUGCCCCGACAGAUCAGAAGGAGACUACCGAUGCACCAACAGAGGAGGAGACCACUGAUGCUCCAAUCGAUGAAGUUGAAACCACCGAUGCUCCAACCGAUGAUUUUGAGACCACCGUUUCUCCCACAGAUGAAGUGGAGACCACCGUUUCUCCCACAGAUGAAGUGGAGACCACCGAUGCUCCCACAGACGAAGUGGAGACCACCGAUGGUCCAACAGAUGAAGUGGAGACCACUGAUGCUCCAGCUGCUGGGGAGACCACUCCACAUACAGUUAUCGAAGCCAGUGAGUACACCACUGACGCUCCAGCUGGAACCAGUGGUGUCACAUACACUCCCCCGGUAUCAACGGAGACUACGGAUACUCCAACAGAUGAGAAAGAUACUACCGAUGCUCCAAUAGAUGAGAAGGAGACCACCGAUGCUCCGACAGAAGAAGUGGAGACCACUGACAUUCCAGCAGAUGAAGCUAAGACCACCGAUGAUCUCACAGAAGUUGAGACCACCGAUGCUCCCACAGAUGAAGUUAAGACUACCGAUGCUCCUACAGAUGAAGUUGAGACCACCGAUGCUCCCAUAGCACUGGAGACCACCGAUGUUCCCACAGACGAAGUUGAGACCCCUGAUACUCUUACAGAUGAAGUAGAGACCACUGAUGUUCCUACAGAUGAAAUGGAGACCACUGAUGCUCCAGUAGUGACUGGGGAGACCACAGAUGCUCCGACAGAAUCUGGAGAGACCACUCCACACACAGUUAUCGAAGCCAGUGAGUACACAACUGAUGCUCCAGCUGGAACCAGUGGUGUCACAUACACUCCCCCAGUAUCAACCGAGACCACCGAUGCCCCGACAGAUGAGAAGGAGACCACUGAUUCUCUGACAGAUGAAGUGGAGACCACCGAGACUCCGACAGAUGAAGUGGAGACCACUGGUGCUCCAAUAGAUGAAGUGGGGUCUACCGAUGUCUCAAUACAUAGCACCGAAACUACAGAUUAUCCAACAGAGACUGAACAUGGAAAGACAACUCCGAGUCCAUCUACAGAACUCACUCCUGGCAGUUGCAUUGUUCAAGGAUCUCAAGUUUCCAACAAUAGUGAAGUAUUACCGACCGGACCUUGCCAGGAACAUUGUCUCUGUGUAGAUGGUCAAGUCAAGUGUGAUAUGACGGCAUGUCCUCCUUCUCCCCCGGCGUUCCUAAGAUGCUCCCCAAAGCCUCCUUCUGAUGAUGAGUGCUGCCCAACUUAUUCUUGCCCUGUAGGCCCCGAUGACCUUGUCUGCGAGGCGGAUGGAGAAACAUAUCAGGAAGGAGAAGCCGUACCAACCACAGACCUCUGCGCCGAUUGCUUCUGUUUUCGAGGAGAUGUCAUUUGUGCCUAUCAAGAAUGCGACGUGCCAGAAGGGGAGAACUGUGUGCCAAUAGAAAUACCUUCCAGCGCAUGUUGUCCAACCAAGUACAACUGCGAUGUCCUUGAGUCCCUGAGCAAAGUGACAGAUGAACCUGUGACCACCACCUCAUCGCCCACUCAAGAUGGAUACUCUACAGCUUCAGUUGAGCCAGACGAGUCAACAACUACAGCGCCUGAUGCAGUGGUGACAGUCCCUGAAUCUACAUUUGAAACAAUAGAUGUUGAACAAACAACUUAUCAGCCAACAGAUGACAAAGAAGUGACUGAUGCUCCAACAGUCACUGGAGAGACUACUCCACACACCGCUGUCGAAGCCAGUGAGUACACCACUGAUGCUCCAACGGGAACCAGUGGUGUCACAUAUACUCCCCCAGUAUCAACUGAGACCACCGAUGCCGCGACAGAUGAGAAGGAGACCACUGAUGCUCCGACAGAUGAGAAGGAAACCACUGAUGCUCCCACAGAUGACGUGGAGACCACUGAUGCUCCGACAGAUGACGUUGAGACCACCGAUGCUCCCACAGAUGACGUGGAGACCACUGAUGCUCUGACAGAUGAAAUUGAAACCACUGAUACUCCGAAAAUUGAAGUGGAGAGCACAUAUGCUCCGACAGUUGAAGAGGAAAGCACUGAUGGCCCGACACAUGAGAUGGAAACCACUGUUGCUAUAACAUCAACCGGUGAGACCACUCCACCCUCUAUUAUUGAAGCCAGUGAGUUCACCACUGAUGCUCCAGCUGGAACCAUUGGUGUCACAUACAUUCCACCAGUAUCAACCGAGACCACCGAUGCUCCGACCGGCGCAAUAGAGACCACCGAUGCGCCAACAGAUGAACCGGAGACCACUGAUGCGCCAACAGAUGAAGAGGAGACCACUGACAUUUCAACAGAUGAAGUGGAGACCACUGAUACUCCAACAGAUGAAGAGAAGACCACCGAUGCACCAACAGAUGAAGUAGAGACCGCUGAGGCUCCAACAGAUGAAGAGAAGACAACUGACAUCCCAACAGUUGAAGAGGAGACCACUGAUGCUCCAACAGAUAUAGAGGAGACCACCGAUGCUUCAACAGCAACUGGGGAGACCACUCCACACUCAGUUAUCGAAGCCAGUGAGUACACCACUGAUGCACCAACAGGAACCAGCGGCGUCACAUACACUCCCCCAGUAUCAACUGAGACACCCGAUGCUCCAAUCGAUGAAGAUGAGACCACCGAUGCUCCGACAGAUGAGAAGGAGACCACCGAUGAUCCAACAGAUGAAGUGGAGACCACUGAUACUCCAACAGAUGAACUGGAAACCACUGAUGCUGAAACUGAUGAAGUGGACACCACUGAUGCUCCUACAGAUGAAGUGGAGACCACUGAUGCUGCAACAGUAACUAGAGAGACCACUCCACACACAGUUAUCGAAGCCAGUGAGUACACCACUGAUGCUCCAGCUGGAACAAUUGGUGUCACAUACAUUCCUCCACUAUCGACUGAGACUACCGAUGCUCCGACAGAUGAACCUGAGACCACUGAUGCACCCACAGGUGAAGUGGAGGCCACAGACGCUCCAACAGAUGAAGUUGAAUCCACCGAUGCUCCCACAGAUAAAGUGGAAACCACUGAUUCUCCGACAGAUGAAGUCCAGACCUCCGAUGCACCAAUAGAUGAAGUGAAAACCACUGAUGCACCCGAAUAUGAAGUUGAAACCACUGAUACUACCACAGAUGAAAUGGAGACCACCGUUGCUCCGACAGAUGAAGUGGAGACUACUGAUGCUUCAUCAAUAACUAGAGAGACCACUCCACACCCAGUUAUCGAAGCUAGUGAGUACACCACUGAUGCACCAGCCGGAACCAGUGGUGUCACAUACACUCCCCCAAUAUCAACGGAGAGUACCGAUGCCCCAACGGAUGAAGUAGAGACUACUGAUGCUUCAACAGAUGAAAUUGAGACCACCGAUGCUCCCACAGGUGAAGUGGAGACCACUGAUGCUCCGACAGAUGAAGUGGAGACCACCGUUGCUCCGACAGAUGAAGUGGAGACUACUGAUGCUUCAUCAAUAACUAGAGAGACCACUCCACACGCAGUUAUCGAAGCCAGUGAGUACACCACUGAUGCUCCAGCCGGAACCAGUGGUGUCACAUACACUCCCUCAAUAUCAACGGAGAGUACCGAUGCCCCAACGGAUGAAGUAGAGACUACUGAUGCUUCAACAGAUGAAAUUGAGACCACCGAUGCUCCCACAGGUGAAGUGGAGACCACUGAUGCCCCGACAGAUGAAGUGGAGACCACCGUUGCUCCGACAGAUGAAGUGGAGACUACUGAUGCUGCAACAGUGACUAGAGAGACCACUCCACACGCAGUUAUCGAAGCCAGUGAGUACACCACUGAUGCUCCAGCCGGAACCAGUGGUGUCACAUACACUCCCUCAAUAUCAACGGAGAGUACCGAUGCCCCAACGGAUGAAGUAGAGACUACUGAUGCUUCAACAGAUGAAAUUGAGACCACCGAUGCUCCCACAGGUGAAGUGGAGACCACUGAUGCUCCGACAGACGACGUUGAGACCACCGAUGCCCCGGCAGAUGAAGAUGAGACCACUGAUGCUGCAACAGUGACUGGAGAGACCACUCCGCACACAGUUAUCGAAGCCAGUGAGUACACCACUGAUGCUCCAGCUGGAACCAGUGGUGUCACAUACACUCCCCCAGUAUCGACUGAGACCACCGAUGCCCCGACAGAUGAGAAGGAGAUCACUGAUUCUCCGACAGAUGAGGAGACCACCGAUGCACCAACCGAUGAAGUGGAGAUCACUGAUGCUCUGACAGAUGAAGUAGAGACCACUGAUGCUCCAACCGAUGAAAUGGAGACCACUGAUGCUCCUACAGAUGAAGUGAAGACCACUGAUGCUCCGACAGAUGAAGUGGAAAUUACUGAUGCACCAACAGUAUCUAAAGAGACCACUCCACACACAGUUAUCGAAGCCAGUGAGUACACCACUGAUGGUCCAGUUGGAACAAUUGGUGUCACAUACAUUCCUCCAGUAUCAACGGAGACUACUGAUGCUCCGACAGAUGAGAAGGAGACCACUGAUGCUCCCACAGAAGAAAUGGAAACUACCUAUGUUUCAGUAGAUGAGGAGACCACUGAGGCUCCAACAGAUGAAGCGGAAACCACCGAUGCUCCUACAGAUGAACUGGAGACCACUGAUGCUUCAACAGCAACUAGGGAGACCACUCCACACACAGUUAUCGAAGCCAGUGAGUACACCACUGAUGCUCCAGUCGGAACCAGCGGUAUCACAUACACUCCCCCAGUGUUAACUGAGACCACUCAUACUUCAGUAGAUGAUAAGGACACCACUGAUGCUCCCACAGAUGAGGAGACCACCGAUGCUCCCACAGAUGAGAAGGAGAUCACCGAUGCACCGACAGAUGGGAAGGAGACCACCGAUGCACCGACAGAUGGGAAGGAGACCACCGAUGCUCCGACAGACGAAGUGGAGACCACUGAAGCUCCAACAGUGUUAAUUGAGACCACAGCGUCUUCUGAAGAAACAAGCAGAGUCACUGACUCUCCGACAGAAACAAGUGAGCCAACAGAUGCGGCAGCAGAGGUAGAGGAGACCACUGUUUCACCAGGAGAAAUUAUGGAGACCACUGACUCUUCUACAGAAGCAGAAGAGAUUACUGACUAUCCGGCAGAUAAGGAAGAACAUACCACCAUUGAAACUGUCACUGGGAGGCCAUCAGAAGUAGAACCUGACCUAACCACACCUUCAACAGAAGGUGUUCCAGGCGAGGGAAGCUGUUACUUCAAUGGCACAGUGUAUGCUAACGGAGACUCGGUGCCACCGUCCUCAGCAUGUCAACUAUCCUGCCUGUGUCAGAACAGUCUCAUUGAAUGCACUCUUGAGAACUGUGAGACCCCAGCUCUUGAGGAAGGCUGCCAGCUGCAGGAAAUUGCCGGCCAGUGCUGUCCAGUGUCAAAUUGUACCAUAGAGACCACCCCUGACACCCCGUCUGACAAGUGCUACGUCGACGGCAAAGAGUACGCCAGCUACGACCCGGUGCCCAGCGAAAAUAUCUGCAAGGACUGUUUCUGUUACCGAGGAGAGGUUAAGUGUGCUACCCUCCAGUGCCCCGCCGCGCCAUCACCAAACUGUCGGGCCGUUGUUCGGGACAUAUCGAUAUGCUGCCCGGAGUAUAUAUGUGAUGGCGACGAGGCAGCCAAGGAGACGACGACGGUCUCCACAUUCACUGAAACUGAUGACUCAACUCAUGUUUCAGCAGACACCGACUCCACAGUUACUGUUGCCCCUGGAGACACCGACGACACCGUUACUGAAGAUAUUGGCGACACAACCACUGCUGUCCCUGACGACACAGCCACCGUUACUCCAGAAGACACAGACGACGCAGCCACCGUUACCCCAGAAGACACAGACGACGCAGCCACCGUUACCCCAGAAGACACAGACGACGCAUCCACUGUUACUGCUGCUACUCAAGUCGGUGAAGACACAACCACUGUUUCUCCUGACGACACUGACGAGACACUGACGCUGGCUACGGAAGACCCCAGUACUACUGAGAAGACAUCCACCGUCACUCCUGAAAGCGAGACUGUUACGGAAGAUGUGGAAGACUACGCCGACUGUGUAGUAGAGGGUCAAUCAUAUGGAGACGGCGCCACUGUCCCGACCACGUCCCCCUGCCAGGAGUCAUGCCGCUGUGAUAACGGCUCGGUGAUCUGCAGCAGGCUCUCGUGUCCUCUGCCUCCCCCUGUCUUCCUUCGUUGCUCCAAGCUUCCCGCCAACGGCUCUUGUUGUCCUCUCUACGACUGUCCUCCGGACACUGUUGACACCUCGACGGCAUCUCCCGCCUGCGUGGAGAACGAUGUCUCCUACCAGCACGGUGAAUUCAUCCCCAUGGAGUCAGAUUGUGUGGACUGUUAUUGCUUGUCCGGCGAGGUGGUGUGCGCCACGCGGGAGUGUGUCGCUCCGGCAACCAACUGCGUGCCGCUAAAACAGCCCGAGGGAAGCUGUUGUCCCACACAAUACGAGUGCUUCGAGACACCAACUCCCGACACAGAAGUGACAGCAGAUGGCGCCGCCGCCACGACGGAGGCCACUUCGGAAACUAGCGCCGAGGUGGAAGCCUCCGUGGCUGUCACCGAUAUGACACCUUCAGUAUCAGAAGAUUCUGUAUCAACUGUGGCUGAGCAAGUAACCGAAGCCUCGUAUGCUACUGACGAUGACUCAGACAAAGUAAGUCAACCGGGUGUCACCGAAUCUGUGGCUGCGACAGUUGCCACUGUCCCCGGCGUCAGUACUACCACUGAGACCUCUCCCGAAAAAAUUGAGGGCGAUUCUGAAGAGACACUUAUAACCACUGAUAGUCCAGAUGUAAUUCAAGAGAUUACUUCUUCUGAGGCGCACGCAAGCAGCACAGAGUCCACGGAAGAUGAAUUGACUACAGCAAGCCCGAGCCCAAGCAGCAGCGAACAGCCAGAGAGUGACGAGAAAGAGGACGGCGUAAGUGCAGUAACAGAACCAGUGUCUCCCAGCACUGCUGCCACCACGCCUAGCACAACAAUCUCCACCACAACCGAAGUGUCUCCUUUCCCACCCUUCCCCGGCUAUGUCGACACCACCACCACCACCACCACCACUCCCAUGACUUACGGCCCAGGAGCUUGUGUGUUCAACGGGAAGGUAUACGCCUCGGCCCAGCAGAUCCCUCGUGACGACCCAUGUGACUUCUGCUUCUGCUUCCGCGGUGACAUUAUCUGUCUGCAGCAGUCGUGCCCGCCACCUAUCCCCAACUGCUACGAAGAGGCCAUUCCAGGCUUCUGCUGCCCGCGCUACGAGUGCCCGGUGGUACAGACACUCGUCAAUGUCACCACCACCACCACGCCCAUCCCCACCUACCCACCCGUCCAGCAGCAGGUGGAGGUGGUUAUGUGUGAAAUAGGUAACCGAUACUAUCACCAGGGGCAGCUUGUGGAGGAGGCGUCUGGGCCCUGCCUCGAGUGUAGGUGUGGAAGCGAAGGGAUGAUGCAGUGCAACCCGAAAGAGUGCAAAGCAGAGCCCAUGCUGAGAAAGAUACUAAGCAGCAAGUACCAGGGAUGAGGCAGCCGGGCGUAGCGAGGGCUGGGCGGUGAUCCAGCCGGCCCGCCAACCUCUC